AUGUUUGACGCAACACUCAAAUUGUCGUCCAAUCCGCAAUUUUACCGACCAUUCUUAGAGGUGUCUCGACACGCUGGAAAAGCGUCUGACGAAGCCCACGACUCUUACGACCCAUCAACGUUAACGACCUUUGCGCGGCAACGCCAGCCGACUGUUCAACGACCUUCUUCUGCUUCAGCCGAUUCCCAAUUGAGACCCUCGAGCGCUUCUGACUCCCAGCGCCUCUUACGUCGUAUCCCUCGCCAGAGAGAAGUCAACCAAUCACUCCACCGUCGAGCGGUCUCUUCACGCGCCCCGGUUCCACACCCCAAUCGACCUCAGCCGGCGCGUACAACCCCGGUCUCUGUACCACACCCUCCAGCCAGUGGCAUCGCACACCUACGUCCGGCCCUUUCCGAAGCGGAGACCGACGACAACGGGUCUACCAUUGACGACCCGUACCAGCUCCUCAAUACCUCAUACUGGCCGCAGCGAACCACCGGAGUCUCGUCGCGCACCGCAUCGGCAAUCCUUUUCGCCCUCGAGGAAGCUAUCCGUGGACCGCUACAGCUCUCCACCGACUGGGACGAGGUGAAUGCUUCUAUGUCAGACAUGGUAGGCGUCGCUGGCCCCGCUGGGCCUGUGGGCAAUAGCCGUGUUCAGAAUGGUGGAACCCGUGUUCCCCAGAACCCCAUCUCAGGGACAUCACAGCCACCGAGUGGGAUGAGGACACCUACAGAUAUAAUGAGACAACGCCGGGAUCGAGAGGCUCGCCGCAAAGCGGAGCACGAGGCCCGAGAGAGGGAACAGGAGGAAUUGGAACAACAACAACUGGAGCAAGAACAACAGGCCCAAGCUGAGGCUCAGGCCCAGAAACAGACCCAGGCCCAAGCUCAAGCUCAACAGUACGCCGCUGGCGUUGCCGCCGAAAAUGCCUCCCAAUCAAGAAUUAGAGCCCCACGACCAACAAGGGGCCCCGAAGGACAGCCCCAGGCCAUGCCUGUCGCUUCAGGGCCACCGUCCGGUUACCGACUAGCAGCAGCAGAUGUUGCGCCGAGCACCCGACCAUCAGAAUACCAGACCGCACCACCAACUGCUACGACGGGGCAUGUGGCUAACCAGCCACGGCCGACACAAGGAACUGGUCAACAGCCUCAACACGGUCGCUCGCAAAGUGCGGCAGAAGUUGGAGGCCAACCUAGACCUAGUGGGUUCUCCAAAUCCGCCCAGGGCCUACCCGCAGGACAGCCCGGUGCUCCCCAAACCCUUCAGCAGCCGAAACGAGUUGGGUUUCCGCAUGCAUUCGAGCGAUGGGAAACGCUGUCUUCACACUGGGAGGGUCUCACCAGCUAUUGGAUGCGUAAGCUCGAACAAAACAAUGACGAUCUAGAGCGUGAUCCCCUGAGCCAACAAUUGGCUCGACAGAUCACAGACUUAUCUGCUGCGGGUGCCAACUUAUUCCAUGCGGUGGUUGAACUGCAACGCCUACGAGCGUCCUCCGAACGCAAGUUCCAGCGCUGGUUUUUCGACACCCGUGCUGAGCAAGAACGCUCAAAGGAAGUGCAGGCUGACCUAGACCGCCAGCUUAAAGAAGAGCGACAAGGCCGAGCUGAUGCCUUUUCUGCCGCCCAGCAAUCCGAAAAGGACAAAAUUAAGGCCGAGGAACUGCUGAAAGAGAUGCGCCGCGAGCUUCAAAUCUCCAAGGAGGAGGCACGUCGUGCCUGGGAGGAGCUUGGCCGCCGUGAACAAGAAGAGCGAGACCGAACCAACUCCCUACGCAAUGGAGAGCCCACGCUCGUUGGAGGCGUUCAGGUUGUACCUAUGGUUUCUGGCCUCCCUAGUCGCCACACCACGCGCCCACAGACCCGCGAGGGCCCAUACCCAGGCGACCCUACAGCCACAGCCACGGGCACCGACGCGUAUCACGGCAACUCCGCAGGAAGCGCCGGCGGACAAUAUUACGAAGAUGGCACGCCCAUGUCUCCCACAGGAUCCGACCCUUUCAUCGAACCCAAAAAGGUUGACCCACCUACCUCAAAAGCCCCAUACCCGCGUCCACUGUAUGAACAUGAAAAUACAACCGUGCCAUACCCAGGACCCGCCACUUCAGAGCCCGACGCGCGCUCCUACGUCGGCAGCAGUGAAGCGGGCGACGAUGAAUAUGCCCACUACUCCCACGACCCUCAUGGCAACUCCUUAAGCUACCCACCUGGCCCCCUUCAGAGGGAAGCGAGGACGCCCACCUCCGCUGCGGACUACAGCGGCGCCGGCUGGGGUCCUGGCACUGGAUGGGAGUCUGUGACACCGCGCCAUCGCCACCCCACGCGCCUGAGUGAUGUCCUUGAGGAAGAUGAGCCAAGUCGCACGAAUCCCAGUCGCGCUAGUUUGGCUAGUCGCAGCCAGGCGAGCCGUAGCCAGGCCAGUCGGAGCAUUCUUUAA